AUGGAACAUAACGAUCAAAUCAUCGGCCAGAACGCGACUGAGAUCGACGACAAGUUCGAGAAGAGGCUUGUUCGGAAGAUUGAUAGACGUAUCAUGCCUCUGAUUUGUCUGGCCUAUCUGUUGAAUUAUAUCGACAGAACAAAUUUGGGCAACGCCCGGACACUCAAUAACGAUGCCAAGGAUGGCUCCACAAUGAAUGAGAUACUCAGCAUCACGGGUAGUCGAUACACUUUGGUGGUCGCAAUCUUCUUCGUACCAUAUAUCCUCUUCGAGUUCCCCUCGAAUUUCCUGUUGAAAUGGAUGGGUCCUCGAGUGAUGCUCACUAGGAUCACCGUCUUGUGGGGUGUUGUAACUAUGUGUACUGCUGCUUGCACCACUUUUGGAGGGCUCGUGGCCUGUCGAAUCUGUUUAGCAAUUGCAGAAGCAGGUUUUUUCCCUGGGAUAAUAAUGUACCUGUGCUUCUGGUACAAACCGGAAGAACGUGGUAGUCGUAUUGCUCUUUUCCUUGGGUUUGUCAGUGUAUCCGGGGCCAUCGGUGGCCUCAUAGCAACAGCUUGCUCGUAUCUCAACCACAAAGGGAAUCUGCACGGUUGGCAAUGGCUGUACAUACUAGAGGGUAUUCCGGCCGUGCUUUUCGGAGUGGUAAUGUUCUUCCUUCUUCCUGAUUUCCCCGAGACCGCCAAAUUUCUCAACGACCAGGAGAAGGAGUUUGCAGCAACACGUUUGGGUCAGUAUGCACCCAAGAUGUCGGACAAGCACUUCGUGUGGUCUGAAAUCUGGGCGACCAUUCGGGCCAUCGACUUCUGGCUUUUUGCUUUGACUUAUUACUUCAUCAACCACUGUCUCAAUGCCUUCAGCUAUUUCGCACCUUCCCUUAUUGCUGGAUUUGGUUUCAAAGGAGCCGCAGCCCAAGCUCUGAUCAUCCCUCCCAACUGCUUCGGAUUCAUUGUCAUUGUUGGCAACUCUUGGUUGUCCGACAAAAGAGGUAGAAGACCUGAGCAUAUCUUAGGCGGUCUACUUGUGAUCGCUGUCGGAUUUAUUCUUCUGGCAACAGUCAAGACCAGUGUCGGGGGACGAUAUGUUGGAAUUCUUCUCAUCGCAUGCACAAACUCGGCUGUUGCCCCCCUCUUAGCGAUGCGUACCUCUACUGUCUCUGGAGCUUCGGCUACGGCAGUAGCCAGUGCUGGUAUUGCCGCCUUUGCCAACAUAUCUGGUAUAACUGCUCCGUUUAUUUACGAUUCCAAAACCGCACCGCGGUAUAUCCCAGCAUUGUGGGUUUCAGUAGGAUUCAUCUUUGGAGCAUGUGCAUGCGUGUCUAUCCUAUGGUAUCGACUUGGUCCUGGCGCAGGAUAUACCACCAAGGCUGCAAGCCCGUCAACAGGCCCCGUUGAUUACGCGGGCGAUAUCGAGGAUUUCUCUAAUGGACGAAAAGACAAAGACGUGGAACUCACUCAAGUCUCAGUCGGACAAGUAUGA